GUAAUUGGCGCAAAGUCCCCCAGCUGGCUUUGUGUGUGUGUGUGUGUGUGUGACUUGAACUCCCGGUCUCCCGUUUUCUGUCUCGGGGCCUCAACCGUUAGACCAAAGUGGCUCCUUCCGCAAAGCUGGCAUCUGCUUCCUUUGUGGGUUGUUCUCCGAGGGCGCCCUGAACUCCUCCCCUCUGAUCAGGAUCCGCCUGGCAUGAAUGGGAGACCAUCGAAGCGAAACAGGUGCUGAAUGCCAACGGGGAGUGGAAAGGACCUGGGCAGGACGCAGGAAAGGAGACGGGAGCGAUGCCUUUGUUUCCUCUCUGGGCCACAGCUGCUACCUUUUGCUUGGGUCCUGCCCUGGCUGAUUCCUGAGCCUGCUUUGAAAGAAUCCCCCCCAAAAGAAUCCCAAAUCUGAGUGAAAAAGGCAAAUUACAUCGGUCACUAAGCUUGUGAUCUCGCAGUGGCCACGUUGCCAUGGAAAGGAUUAGUCUGGCAUGAAUGAGCGCGCCCGUUUAUUAAGUCCUCUCAGCAGCCAGGAGUGGAUUCAGAGGACGGCAAAGAAAAACGAAAAACUUCAGAACACGCAAACAAUGUGAACGCAAACCAAGGCCACCCUCAAAGCGAAUUCACAGGUUCAGAGAAGACUCCGAGAAAUCCGGAAGGGAAUUGUUAAGCUCCCUGAAUAAGGGUAUCCCAUAAACAGUAAAUGUUUCAGAAACAAGAUGAACCUGGAGUUUUAUUUGGAUUCUCAAGCUGGAUGUUGACAAUAGACAAAGCAUCCUUACCAGCUUAUCCUCUGAAGGAUUCUGUGGACUAAAGUCUUCCCCUGCAAGCAUUAACCUGAAUUGUACGGAUUAUCUUUUCCUUGUCUCGAACCGAUGGUCUGUGCCAUUUAUAACCACCUACCACCGGAAUGGAAGCAUGCACUUUUACUAAAUAAUAUAAUAUAUAUCUGUCUGUCUCCCUCCUGAAAUUGCUGCCUUUUGACCUCUACAAAUUGGUUUAUUCUUCUCUCUCUCUCUCUCUCUCCCCUCUGCCUUCUUUCAUUGCACAGAUUUCCUGCCCCUGACGGCCAGCUGAUGCCUUUCUGGAACAAUGGUCAUCCUACAGCAGGGGGAUUAUGUAUGGAUGGACCUCAGGACCAGACGGGAAUUUGAUGUUCCCAUCGGAGCGGUGGUCAAGCUGUGCGAUUCGGGACAAAUCCAGGUGAUCGACGAUGAAGGAAACGAGCACUGGGUCUCCCCUCAAAACGCCAGUCACAUCAAACCGAUGCACCCUACUUCUAUCCAUGGGGUGGAAGACAUGAUACGUUUGGGGGAUCUGAACGAGGCCGGCAUUCUGAGAAAUCUCCUCAUCCGCUAUUGGGAGUGCCUCAUUUAUACUAACUGUGGCGGAAGGACGUACACAGGCUCAAUCCUGGUGGCUGUAAAUCCCUACCAGCUACUUCCCAUUUACUCCCCGGAGCAGAUCCGUCUCUACACCAACAAAAAGAUCGGGGAGAUGCCUCCCCACAUUUUUGCCAUCGCAGACAAUUGCUACUUCAACAUGCAAAGGAACAACAGGGAUCAGUGCUGUAUUAUAAGUGGUGAGUCGGGCGCGGGGAAAACGGAGAGCACGAAGCUGAUCCUCCAGUUCCUGGCAGCCAUCAGCGGCCAGCAUUCCUGGAUCGAGCAGCAGGUCCUGGAAGCCAACCCCAUCUUGGAAGCUUUUGGGAAUGCGAAGACCAUUCGCAACGACAAUUCAAGCCGGUUUGGCAAAUACAUUGACAUCCAUUUCAACAAGCGAGGGGCGAUUGAGGGCGCUAAAAUUGAGCAGUACCUGUUGGAGAAAUCCCGCGUCUGCAGACAGGCUCAAGAUGAGAGGAAUUAUCACAUAUUUUACUGCAUGCUGAAAGGAAUGAGCUCGGAGCAGAAAAAAAUGCUGGGACUUAAAAAAGCAGCCGAUUAUAAUUAUCUUUCCAUGGGCAACUGCAUUACUUGUGACGGAAGAGACGAUAGCAAAGAAUACGCCAACAUCCGAGCAGCCAUGAAAGUCCUCAUGUUCACCGACACGGAGAACUGGGAGAUCUGCAAACUUUUGGCCUCCAUCCUGCACAUGGGAAACCUGCGAUACGAAGCCCGGAACUACGACAAUCUCGACGCUUGUGAGGUUCUCCACUCUGCAUCCUUGAUAACCGCUGCGUUGUUGCUGGAGGUUGAGCCUCAGGAUCUGAUGAACUGUCUGACUAGCCGGACUAUUAUUACGAGGGGAGAGACCGUUUCCACCCCGCUCAGCAUGGAACAGGCCAUAGAUGUCAGAGAUGCAUUUGUGAAGGGCAUCUACGGCAGGCUUUUCGUGUGGAUUGUGGAGAAGAUCAACGCGGCCAUUUACCGACCACCUUCCCACGAAAGCAAAAACAUCCGGAGGUCCAUCGGAUUAUUGGAUAUUUUCGGAUUUGAGAACUUCAGAGUAAACAGCUUCGAGCAGCUCUGCAUUAAUUUUGCGAACGAGAACCUGCAACAGUUCUUUGUGCGUCACGUCUUCAAACUGGAGCAGGAGGAAUACAACCUGGAAAAUAUCAACUGGCAGCACAUUGAAUUCACGGACAAUCAGGACGCGCUGGACAUGAUCGCCAUCAAACCCAUGAACCUUAUUUCCCUCAUCGACGAGGAGAGCAAAUUCCCCAAGGGAACUGAUGCCACCAUGCUCAACAAGCUGAAUUCUCAGCACAAGCUGAACACCAAUUACAUCCCACCGAAAAACAACCACGACACCCACUUUGGCAUCAACCACUUUGCCGGCGUUGUCUACUAUGAAACAAAAGGAUUUCUGGAGAAAAACAGAGACACCCUUCACGGAGAUAUUAUCCAGUUGGUCCAUUCCUCACGAAACAAAUUCAUCAAGCAGAUUUUCCAGGCUGAUGUAGCCAUGUUUCUCUGUGGCUGUCCAUCUUCCACAUUUGCCCAGUCACCAGCCUCCACUUUGAAGGGGGCAGAGACCAGGAAACGGUCCCCGACGCUGAGCAGCCAGUUCAAGCGCUCGCUGGAGCUCCUGAUGCGGACGCUGGGCGUCUGCCAGCCCUUCUUCGUGCGCUGCAUCAAGCCCAACGAGUUCAAGAGGCCCAUGUUGUUCGAUCGGGAGCUUUGCGUCCGCCAGCUGAGAUAUUCCGGCAUGAUGGAAACCAUCCGGAUCCGCAGGGCGGGCUAUCCAAUCCGCUAUACUUUUGUGGAAUUUGUCGACAGAUACCGAGUUCUCAUGCCGGGGGUGAAACCCGCCUACAAGCAGGGGGAUCUGCAUGGAACCUGUCAGCGCAUCGCUGAAGCUGUCCUGGGCAGAGAUGAUGACUGGCAGAUUGGCAAGACCAAAAUCUUCCUAAAGGAUCACCACGACAUGCUGUUGGAAAUUGAGCGGGACAAGGCCAUUACCAACAAGGUUAUCCUUAUUCAGAAAGUGGUUCGUGGAUUUAAAGACAGAUCUCAUUUCUUGAAAGUGAGGAACGCGGCACUCGUGAUUCAACAGAAUUGGAGAGGCUACAACUGUCGGCGAAAUUACGAAGCUAUGCGAAUCGGCUUCCUGAGGCUUCAGGCGCUCUAUCGUUCCCGCAAGCUCCACCGGCAGUACCAUAUGGCUCGCCAGCGCAUCAUCGAGUUCCAGGCCAGGUGCCGGGGUUUCCUGGUGCGUCGCGCUUUCCGCCACCGCCUUUGGGCGGUCUUCACCAUCCAAUCCUACGGGCGAGGGAUGAUUGCCCGGCGACUCUACAAGCGGCUGAAAGGGGAGUAUUACCGACGGCUGGAAGCAGAAAAAUUACGUCUGCUGGAAGAGGAACGGUUGAGGAAGGAAAUGGGUGCAAAGAAAGCCAAGGAGGAAGCAGAAAAAAAACAUCAGUUGCGCCUGGCCCAGCUGGCUCGGGAAGACGCGGAAAGAGAAAUCAAAGAAAAAGAAGAAGCUCGUCGGAAGAAGGAACUUCUGCAGAAGAUGGAGAAGGCUCGGAACGAACCCGUGAACGAUUCAGACAUGGUGGACAAAAUGUUUGGAUUCCUGGGAACGACAGCAACGCUGCCGGGACAGGAAGGACAGGCGCCUGAUGGCUUUGAAGAUCUUGAAAGAGUUGGGAAAAUGCUGCAAGAAGAUGAGUUAGACACGGCGCUCCCUCUCCCUGAGGAAGAACAAGAGGACCUGUCGGAGUAUAAAUUUGCCAAAUUCGCCGCCACAUACUUCCAGGGCACCACCACGCACACAUACGUACGCCGGCCUCUGAAGCAGCCGCUGUUGUACCACGAGGACGAAGGAGACCAGCUGGCAGCCCUGGCGGUGUGGAUCACCGUCCUUCGCUUUAUGGGGGACCUCCCGGAGCCCAAAUAUCACACCGCGAUGAGCGACGGCAGCGAGAAAAUCCCGGUCAUGACCAAAAUUUAUGAGACGCUGGGGAAGAAGUCGUACAAGAAGGAGCUCCAGGCCCUUCAGAGCGAAGGAGAAAGUGCCCAUCUAGAUGGCCACAAGAAAAGCAGCGUGCGACAGAAACUGGUCUCCUUAACCCUCAAGAAAAAAUCAAAGUUAACCGAAGAGGUGACCAAGCGCCUUCAUGAUGGCGAGUCCACCGUCCAGGGGAACAGCAUGCUGGAGGACCGCCCAACAUCCAAUUUGGAGAAACUGCAUUUUAUUAUUGGGAACGGCAUCUUGAGGCCAACUUUAAGAGAUGAAAUCUACUGCCAAAUCUGCAAACAACUGACCCAAAACCCUUCCAAAAACAGCCAUGCCAGAGGAUGGAUCCUGGUGUCCUUAUGUGUGGGCUGUUUCGCCCCCUCUGAGAAAUUUCUCAAGUAUUUAAGGAACUUCAUCAUCGGGGGUCCCCCGGGGUACGCCCCUUAUUGCGAAGAGAGGCUCCGAAGGACGUUCGUCAACGGGACCAGGACGCAGCCGCCAAGCUGGCUGGAGCUUCAGGCAACCAAAUCCACGAAGCCGAUCAUGCUUCCGGUCACGUUUAUGGACGGCACCACCAAGACCUUGUUAACCGACUCGGCCACCACGGCUAAGGAGCUUUGCAGCUCGCUGGCUGACAAGAUAAGUCUGAAGGACCACUUUGGCUUCUCGCUUUACAUCGCCCUCUUUGACAAGGUCUCUUCCCUCGGAAGCGGCAGUGAUCACGUCAUGGAUGCCAUUUCGCAGUGCGAGCAGUUUGCCAAGGAACAGGGCGCCCAGGAACGCAACGCCCCCUGGCGGCUCUUCUUCAGGAAGGAAAUCUUUACCCCCUGGCACAACCCCGCCGACGACUACGUCGCCACCAAUCUCAUUUACCAGCAGAUCGUCAGAGGGGUGAAAUUUGGGGAGUACCGGUGUGAUAAGGAGGAAGACAUGGCCGAAUUAGCUUCCCAGCAAUACUAUGUGGAUUAUGGAUCCGAAAUGGUCCUGGAGCGCCUCCUGAAUCUAAUCCCCUCCUACAUCCCGGAUCGAGAGAUCAUGCCUUCCAAAACGGUGGAGAAGUGGGCCCAGUUUAUCAUCGCUGCCCAUAAAAAGGGAAUUUAUACUCAGAAGAGAGUGGACCCAAAGCGCGUUAAAGAGGAGGUGGUGGAUUUUGCUCGUUUUAAGUGGCCUUUGCUGUUCUCCAGAUUCUACGAAGCAUUUAAGUUUUCAGGUCCCAGCCUUCCGCAAAAUGAGCUGAUUGUAGCUGUGAACUGGACCGGGGUCUAUUUUGUAGAUGAACAAGAACAGGUGCUUCUGGAAUAUUCCUUCCCAGAAAUAACUGCCGUCUCCAGCAAUAGCGGAGGAAAACUCCCGGGACAGAGUUUCACCCUGGCGACCAUCAAAGGGGACGAGUACACCUUCACCUCCAACAACGCAGAGGACAUCCGGGACCUGGUGGUCACCUUCCUGGAAGGGCUGAGAAAGAGAUCGAAAUAUGUGGUGACGCUGCAAGACAAUCCGAAUCCGGCUGGUGAUGAUUCCGGUUUUCUCAGCUUCCUGAAAGGAGAUUUGCUGAUUCUGGACCAAGACACGGGCGAAAAUGUGAUGAACUCCGGCUGGGCCAACGGACUCAAUGAACGGACCAAGCAGAAGGGAGACUUUCCAACCGAUUCGGUCUACGUCCUACCCACGAUGACCAUGCCUCCCCCGGACAUUGUGGCUUUGGUUACUAUGACUCCGAAUCAGAGGCAAGAAGUCAUAAGGACAUCUCAGCUGGUGAUGAGUGACAGCGAAGAGAAGAUAAAGCCCUACACCUUGGAAGAAUUCUCCUACGAUUAUUUUAGGCCUCCCCCCAAGCACACCCUGAGCAGGGUGAUGAUCACCAAGAACCGAGGGAAGGACAAGCUCUGGUCCUACACGAGGGAGCCGAUCAAGCAGCCUUUGCUGAAGAAGAUUCUGAGCAGCGAAGAGCUAUCUCAAGAAGCAUGCAUGGCUUUCAUUGCCAUCCUGAAAUACAUGGGCGAUUACCCUUCCAAAAGGACCCGCUCGGUGAACGAGCUAACAGAUCAAAUAUUUGAAGGCGCCCUGAAGGCCGAAGCCCUCCGAGACGAGAUUUACUCGCAGAUCCUGAAGCAGUUGACGGACAACCACGUCAAGUACAGCGAAGAAAAAGGCUGGGAACUGCUCUGGCUGUGCAGCGGCCUCUUUGCGCCCAGUAACGUCCUGCUUCUUCACGUCCAGAGAUUCGUCCAGUCUCGGAGGCAUCACCCGCUCGCCCCCGACUGCCUGCAGAGGCUGCAGAAAGCGCUGAGGAACGGGUCUCGAAAAUACCCACCCCAUCUGGUCGAAGUGGAGGCCAUUCAGCAUAAAACAACGCAGAUUUUCCACAAAGUCUAUUUCCCAGACGACACCGAUGAGGCCUUUGAAGUGGAAUCUGGCACCAAGGCCAAGGAUUUCUGUCAAAGCAUUUCCAAACGGCUGCUCUUAAAAUCAUCGGAAGGAUUCAGCCUUUUUAUCAAGAUAUCGGACAAGGUCAUCAGUGUCCCCGAAGGAGACUUCUUCUUUGACUUCGUCAGGCAUCUGACCGACUGGAUCAAGAAAGCGAGGCCAGCAAAAGAUGGUCUUGUGCCUUCCCUCACCUACCAAGUCUUUUUCAUGAAAAAGCUUUGGACCAACACCAUGCCUGGGAAAGAUUCAAUGGCCGAUUCCAUUUUCCAUUAUUAUCAGGAAUUACCAAAAUAUCUUCGUGGCUACCAUAAGUGCAGCCGGGAAGAAGUCCUACAGCUUGGAGCCCUGAUCUAUAGGGUGAAAUUUGAAGAUGACAAAUCCUCUUUUCCUAAUAUUCCGAAACUUCUCAAGGACCUGGUGCCCGAACCUCUCAUUCGACAGCUGUCCCCGGAUGAUUGGAAGAGAUCCAUCGUGGCGUACUUCAAUAAGCAUGCGGGCAAAACGAGGGAAGAGGCGAAGCUGGCGUUCCUCAAGAUUGUCUUCCGGUGGCCCACGUUUGGCUCGGCUUUCUUCGAAGUGAAGCAAACCACUGACCCAAAUUAUCCAGAACUGCUCCUGGUCGCCAUCAACAAACACGGCGUCAGCCUCAUUGACCGUAAAAGCAAGGACAUCCUCAUCACCCAUCCCUUCACCAAGAUCUCCAACUGGAGCAGCGGCAACACCUAUUUCCAUAUCACCAUCGGCAAUUUGGUGCGAGGGAGCAAGUUGCUGUGCGAGACGUCGCUGGGCUACAAGAUGGACGACCUGCUGACCUCCUACAUCAGCCAGAUGCUGACGGCCAUGAGCAAGCAAAGGGGCGCAAAAGGGAGCAAGUGAACGGAGACCACCCACCGGCCGUCCCUCUGCCAGCUGAGGACAGUGGGCCACCCUUGCAGCUGGGGGAGAGCCUUUGCCACCCACGUGUGGAAAAUGAGCCGGUCGCCUUCCGAAAACCUGUCGGAUUUUGAGGACUCCGAGCGCACCUCCACUUCCAGCGAGGAUGACUACCUGUGAGGCAGACAGAAAAACAAAAACCCAAAACAAAACACCUCCCUUUCUUUCCCAGCACUAUUUUUUCUUCUCGCUUCUGGGACGUGGUACCGGGCUGAGGAGGAAAAAAAUAAAUAAAUCUGCUUUUUAUGGCCUGUGGAGAAGGGUCCUCGGACUUCCAGAAGCGGUGAAUGCUCCAACACUGGAAGUUUUUAAGAAGAGACUGGACAGCCAUUUGUCCGAAACGGUGUAGGGUUUCCUGCCUGAGCAGGGGGCUGGACUAGAUGACCCCACAA